UGCUGGAGGAGCGGUGUGGGUGCGCGUUUAGGAGGGCCCGUCGAGGAAGGGCUCGGGGAAGCAAGAGACGGAGCAAGAACGCGCCGCCGCCGCCCGCCGCCUCCUCGACGCCGGCGUCCUCCUACGGCUGCCUGCCGUUCUCCCCCAGGUGAUUCUUCCUCUCCCCUCCCCUCCCCUCCUUUCCCCUAGGUUUUCUUGCCUCCUCCCACCAUGGCUACCUCCCACGAGCACGGCGCUGCACUGACACCGAUGAGCUCCUGGGCUCCUCCCAAGUUCUAUCCUCCCGACCUCAGCUUCUACCCCUGCUCCUCCUCCCUUCGACGCUCACAUCUAGGCUGCCGGAGCGACCUGCAAUCUUUCUUUUUGAUACUAACGACCUGCAAGAAAAAGUACUGCUAGGCAGCCAAUCUAUCUUUUUGAUGGUUUCUUCAACUGCAAGUUCAUUGAAUUUACAAUGUGAUUCACUGGUGGCUGUCAAUGUGUAGGUUUUGCAGUUGUGCUGAUUUUAAAAUUGUGUGCUCCCUCACAUGAAUCUAGUGGUCAGUCAUUUGACUUGUGUUGAACCUCAUUACUUCGUUAAAACUUUAGUCUGUUUCUACAUUGAACUUUGUGCUCAGUCUUUUGUGCACUGAACUGUCCAUGGUAGAUAACCUAGCGAUCGAUAUGUAGCAACUGUCUAUUAUUGAUAGAAGCUACUCCAUGUUCUAAUGUUAACCUGUGGUGCAAAUAAGCGUUGCUGUACUGUUCCAUCUUUAAGGGCCAUAAUUAAAUUAGUUCUAGAUAUUGGAUUAUCGGAUACUUUGUUCAAAAAAUGUGUCCUUCAAAAGCUAAAUAUGUAUGGUACACUCGUUCGUACCAGUGUCUCUUUGGAAAGAUUGUUUGCUGUUGUGGACACUACAAUUGUUUUAUUUAAGAAGCUUUCAAUUUUUGACUGUUAUGUCAAAUAUCAGGCAGAUUGAAUUAUAUCCCCGCUCAAACAACUUUGAACAUGAAAUAAGCUAAUGUUGUUAAUACGCCUAGAAUGGAACUAACACUAACUACUUUCAGCUCAUGCUAAACACGUGCUUUUUUUUUUUUACUACUGACUUUGUUUUAGUUGCUACUACUAGUUCUGUUGCAGAGAGCAUGCAACAGCAGCCUAAACUGAGUAUGUAUCAUUCUCUCUCAUUUUCUAUGGUAUAGAAGUUAAGAGGUUGAUGGGUCUACUGUGCCUCUUUUGCCUGUACUAAUGUGCUCUCAAGGAAGUAGUUAACUAGCAUUUUUUUGUCUCUGUAAAAAAACAUCAGUGCCUAGCAAGUGCCUAGUCUGUUUGAUACAUCUUAGUAGCAGUAGUGCAUGCCAAGGUCAAGUAUAUACUACUACAUGUCAUUUGUUGAGGUGAAGUUUAUAUCCUGGCCAGCUUUCCUUUGUACCUCUGUUCUUAUCUUUUCUUGGUCACAAACAUGUGCACGGCUGUUACUUGUAAUAAUGGAUGGUAUAAAUAAAAUUUUGUAAAUCUUGAUAGUAGUCGCAUGGAAAAUGUAUUUUUUACUUUGUGUGUACAAUUGGAGGGAGUACUCAAAAGAAGCAAGCAUUUUACAUUGAUGCAUGCCCAAGCUUAAUUUUGGUGAAAGAAACUUUUCUGCUGGGGAGUUUGGGAUGUGUUACCAUCUCUUCCAAGUUUUCUAUAUUAAAUGUCUAAUUCUCAGAUUUUUUUUGAAGGUCCUAAUUCUCAGAUUGGUAGUAUUAAACAUCUUGUUCAGUAAACUGCACUGAGCAUGUCGAAUAGUGGCAGCUUAAGAGAUGGUACAUGAAACUGAAAGAACCAUGUUAACUCGUCCUCACCUCAGACUCUCUCUAGCAUAGUAUCUGCUGUGACAUAACCACUUUUUUUUUUGCUGUUUCUUUACCUUCUUUCAUGUUUUCAGAUUGCUACCAGAGUAAAAUCUAGUGUCAUGUUUUACUUAGUCGAACUUCUGAGGAUUGGGAGUGCGCUUUUUGUUCUGUGCGAAUGGUAGUCUUAGAUGGAUAUAUUUUCUUUCGCUUUGGUAAGCUUAAAAGGCCCGGAUGGCCAUGUAGAUUUGGGCAUGUUCAUGUGCUACACUCAGGGAAGAGAAGUUCAGGUCAUCCCUUCCCUUAGCCAUGCAGAACGGCUUGCAGAUUCUGAAUCUCUUGUGCCCUGCAGAAUCUAAGUUUCUGCACUUGAGAUUUUCUUUGGCCCUGCAGAAUCUAUGCAAAAUUGUCUUGAUGGAGUACUAUCUUAUUAGCAAAUUGGUUUAGAUAACCAGUCCCAUUUCUUCAGUCUUGCUCGCCUCGCAGAACCCUGACAAAACCCUAGCCGGUCUCUGCCGGGUGCCGCCACGUCCACCAUGGCCGCCGCCGCACAUGGAGGAGGAGGAGAAUUUAUGAGCUACGCCGACAUCGAGGAGCAGUUCAACAACAUGGCACUGGAGGGUCCGUCCGCGCAGGACGGCAUGGUCUGCAUCGUAUCCCUGAUCAUCUCCUGCCUCCCCCCACCCUUGGUCCCCGCGCCCGAGGCCGACGACUCCGAUGACGACCACUUCUCCCUCACCUCCUCUGACUCGGAGGAUGCCGACGCCAACGGGCCCGCGCAGGAUGGUGACGGCCAGGACCACUUCAGCCGCCUCCCGCGCAACCUGCUCUCCAACAUCAUGUCCCGCCUCCCCACCAAGGAAGCCGCACGCACCAUGGUCCUCUCCACCCGCUGGCGCUGCGUGUGGGCGGCGACCCCGCUCCUCGUCGACGACGGCCACUUCAGGGCCGCCGAAGGGCACAGCGUCUUCGAUGCCGUGCGCGGCAUCUCGCUCUGCGUGGCCGCUCACCCUGGCUCCAUCCGAGCUGUGCGCAUCACCCGCACCUCCUUCUACGAGCAGGAGUACGCGCUCCAGCGCCUGGUCGCCGGCCUCGCCGCCAAGAAGAUCCAGGACCUCAUCCUCUUCAACCGCCCCUGGCCGAUCAACAUGCCGCUCCCCGAUGAUAUCCUCAGAUGUGCCUCCCUCAGCCGCCUCUACAUAGGCAUCUGGAACUUUCCGGACAUUCCCACCGCUCACCGGCCCGCCUUCCCAAACCUGCACGAGCUCGGCCUUUUCCACUCCAUGGUCGAAGACAAGAAAUUCAACGCCUUGCUCGCACACUGCCCUGAACUGAAGAUCCUCUCCUUUGCCCUCUCGUACAACUACCCUUCGUGCCUCCGCAUCAAGUCCCGCAGCCUCCGUGUGGUAUUGGAAUGGGUAUGCACCUUUGAUAAAAUCAUUGUUGACAAUGCCCCCUGCCUGGAGCGCCUGCUCUUCGAAAGCUUUUCCGAGCGGAGGAGGCCCGUCAAGAUUGUCCAUGCGUCCAGGCUGGAGGUGCUCGGGUUCUUGGACUUCCAGCUCCACGCGCUCGAGAUUGGCGGCACCGUCAUCAGGGCUGGGAUGACUAUGAAAGAUGGCGCCAUGCUGCCAAGUUUGAAGAUACUGGCUGUCAAGGUGCAGUUUUCGCACGACAAGGAGGUCAAGAUGCUGCACACUCUGCUCAGAUGCUUUCCUUGCCUCGAGACGCUCCACAUCAUGCUUAUUGGAGUACUUGCUGUUCAUUGCUAUACAUUCCAGAUUGAUAAUAUAGUCCAUUCCAUCCUGGUCAGCUGAUCGGGGCGAUUGUGCUGAGGCCUGGAAUCCCAUGGGCUCUUCCAACUGCUUCUCUCAUCUUAAGACGUUCGUCCUCCACGGAUUCCGAGGCCUGGACCGUGAGCAGUUGUUCGUCAGUUACAUACUGGAGAAGGGGAUAAAGACCCUGGGCAUUGUCUGUGGUGACAGUGAUGGUGUGCUAGUGAAGGGCAAUGCACCAUCAGGUGGAAGCAGUGGCAGUGGUAUAUCUGUUUGCCCCGCCACCAGUUGCUGGAGCUUUCAGCACGCCAUCAAC